UUUAUAUAUCUAUCUUAUCUAUAUUCUCCACUCUUUGAAAUCCAUGAAACGCCAUUUUUGGUCGAGGGGAAACCACCCACGGCGCCGCUGACGAUGGCACCCAUAACCGCCGAUGGCAGUUCCAGUAGAGGGCAAGAUGCGCCGUCAACUUCCGGUACCAAAAAAGGGUGCUUGUCGUUUACGACUUCUAUGCUGGAAUACAUCCGUUACAUCAGAGCGUUUUUUGUAGGCCAGCAGGCAAAGAAGAUGACAGCGAGAAGCGAGGAAGAGGCGGCGGAGGCUGAUUUACAUGCCUCGAAAAUGGAGGUCGAGGCAGCUGAUGCUGCUGAACAUAUCAAGAAAAAGUUUUAGAACUGUAAUACCAUUCCAGUUUUGUUGCUUUUGUCAUGUACCCCCAACCUUACCUGUACCAAAGCACAAAGAGUGAGUCAGAGACCGCUUUUGUUUACAUGUACCAAAGUACAGAGACCGCUUCCGAGUGAUCAUAGUAGUUUUGUUGCUUUUGUACGUAUUGAAAUUUCAUUUUCAAGCUAAAUGCAAUCUUCGUUUACAUAGCGGCUUGAUUGUGUGUUUUCUUGAUUUGGAUCUUUUCUUGUCGGCUUAUUGGAAGAGCAACAAGUCCAC